AGCUAGCUUCCCUAUUCGUUUUUUUCGACCUAAAACAUAGGGAGAGAAGAUUGUAUUGAGAUCGUUGCAAAGCCAUUUGCUUCCUCCAACAGUCCUUAGCUACGGAGAGAAAAAGACAGCUCGCAUGGCUGGUCGAGAAGGGAAUGAAGUUGUUGUAACUGGAGUGGGGAACUUUCCAGAUGACAUCAAACUUGCAGGGGAAAAGCUCUUGCAGUGCCUUAUGAAUCCGAAAAUGGGAGUCAUCUCUGUUUUGGGUUUUCAGGGAGUGGGGAAAUGGAGGAUAGCCAAAUAUGCAACUCGAACGUUGAAUCACUCCCUUCUUUCCAAUAUACCGAUAUUGGUAGAGCUAUUGGGAGAAGAUUUUAGUCUUCGAAAGGCUCAGAAGGAAAUCGCUCGCCAAUUGAGAAUGACGAUGCCAAUGGAAGGUGACGGUGAUGAUGAAGAGUACAUAGUUGUGACUGAAAUCUAUAAAAUGUUAAUCGGACCGAAGUUCUUGCUGGUGCUAGGAGAUGUGCCAAAAGGUAUAAAUUUCGAGCUUAUAGGAGACCCAUAUCUCAGAAAACUAUGGGUAAAUGAUUCCAAGAUUAUCCUCGUCAGCCCUCAGGACUUGCAAUCUGACAUAUCCAUUUCGCUGGAGGACUUGUCGAUGGACAUGUUACGGGAAGAGGCGGCCGACAUCACUCGUUCUCCCAACAUCGGUGGCCGUUUCACUCCAGACACUGUCCUGGACUGCUUUCUCUACCUCUCAGUAUUCUAUGAUGGGGUCGAAGUGGAAAUGCUGACAUGGUGUUGGAGAGCGGAGGGUUUUAUUAUCACAGAAGAAGGUGAAGAAGAGGAUUUGCUCAUGUUCGGCAACGUCAAGGUUCUGUUGACAGAGCUCCAGGUUCGUUUCAUGUUAGAGUGCAAGGGUUCCACUGUGAAACUGCCCUACCCCUUAAAUGGGAAAGUUGAAGCUCUUCUCACAUCGAGUGAGAGAAGAAGAUUAUGGAAAACAAGUUAUGACCAGCCGACGAAGGAUGACGAGGUGGAAGACAUUCAGUGGAUGGCGUUACGUAUGAUUGGAAACAUUUCAAUUCUCCUUCCAAAAUGCCCCAAACUCACCACUUUGAUUCUUUCUGGAGGAGGUAAAGAAUUUCUUUCUUCUUUUAAGAUAUUGGACACCUUAUUCUUCGAGCAAAUUCAAGGCCUUCGUGUUCUCAGUCUUCAAAGACUAGUGAAACCUUCUCCCCCCAAAUCAGCUUCCUGCUUGCACAAUCUCAGAGUUUUAUCGCUGACACACUGCCGUGGUUUAGAGUCUCUCCUCUCUUCCUUUAAAAUUUUUAAUAAACUCGAGUACCUUGAACUUUCAGGUUAUUAUGAUUCGUGGGUGUCAUUACCAAACAACGUCUUUCAGCAAAUGAACAACCUCCAAUAUCUCGGUCUCUGUAGUAUGCUAAUCACAUUGUUGCCUCCUUCCGUUUCCAGGCUGCACAACCUCCGACAACUCUUCUUAACUCACUCCAGAAAUUCAAUACAAAUCCCAGAUGAGUUCUUUGGGAAUUUGAAACAGCUUCGCAUCCUCAUCUUACAAAAGAAUGAUAAGCAGGAAUCUCUCCCAUCUUCACUUUCCAAAUUGGUCAAUCUUAAGAAACUCAUUUUGGACGGUUGUUCUUCCUUAAAUAUGAGGUUGUUGCCACAUUUGCAAAAACUCUCAGCACUUGAGGUGCUUGACCUCACAGAAUGCGGUUCCCUUGAAGAUAUUACUUAUUCACUUGGAGAUAUCUUACCAAAACUCCGUGAGCUUUAUAUUUCCAGAAACAAGGCCCUUCGACACCUUUCCUUGAAAGCUUGCAAAAGCUUAGAGCAUGUAUCGUUGUCUAAUCUUACAAGUCUUGAAGUGCUUGGUCUUUCAGGUACCAAACUCAAAACACUGCCUGAGGGUAUGUCCGGUGCACCUCUUCUAUGGCGCCUGGACAUGCUAUACAUGAAUCAAAUUCGCAAAAUCAACUGGGAUGAUGUCAGUACUAAGCUCCAAGAGCUCAACCUUAGCCAGUGUGGGGUUUGGAAUUCAUCAAAUGAUGAUGAACGGCCAGGAGAGAGAGUUGGGGCUCACAUAUGGGUUAGUAAUUCCAAGCUCUUACAAUCUUUCAGUCCAUCCUCAAAACUGUGGGAUUCAAAAUGCUUCUCUCGAUUCCAUAUCUACAUCUCUCCUUCCCAAGAAGAAAAACGAGGAAGAGUUAAAUCCACCCAUCACCAGAGAAGGCAAAUUGUAUAUAAAGACAUCGAUUCCACUAUCCAAACGCGUAACUUACCUCGUCCUGGAAGCCAUUUCGAUAGGUGUUUGGAGAUCCGAGGAGGUCAUAGCUCUCCAAAUGGUAUUGAUGGAGUUCUCGGUCGAAUGGAAUUAUUCACUCUCUGCGACAAUGACUUUGUCCUAAGAUUGCAGGAUUUGGGUGAUGUCAAUAACAUAACAAAAGUAAAAGAAUGCUGGGUGGAGAGGUGCGAGCGAAUGAAGACAUUCUUUGAGGGAGAGAAUUCAAGUUGCAACACUUGUAGUUGCCUGGAGAAGAUAUGGAUGUCAAACCUUGCAAAUCUGAGGAGCUUGUGCAAGGGCACAUAUGGGAUCCGAAGCUUCGCACUCCUGAAGCACAUAUAUCUAGAGUCCUGCCCAAGACUCGUCACCGUGUUCUCCACAAGUGUAUUCUUACAAAGCCUGGAGACGCUCAAGAUCAUACUUUUGUAAAAUGGAGGCUGUUUUUGAAGGGGAUGCUGUGGCAGAAGGUUCGUUACAACGAUUACAGAGUGUGUCUAUGGGAGCUGCCGAAGUUGAGUAUUUGCGACGGCACGUACUUGUCAGCGUUGAAGAAGCUGAAGGUGAGGGGAUGCGGGAUGCUGAAGAAGCUUCCCCUUCGGGAUGGUGACAAGGCUGCUGCUUCUACUUCUACUGGUGGUGGUAGAGUGGAGGUGGAAGGUGAGUCAGAAUGGUGGAACUAUCUCAAGUGGGAAGAUGAGAGGAUCCAACACCUUAUCAACUUCAAAGAUCCACGCCCUUCUACACGGCUUAGAUGAUUCUUCUCUUUUGGGGGCCGUGAUGAAUUGCGCAUAUUUUCCUUUCUUUCUUCUGUUUGUUUCUUUGUUUGUUUUAUUUAUUUAUUUUUUGUGUUGUCCGUAUGCGUGAGUAUGUAUAUUUAGCUUUUAGAGAUCACAGAGGUGAUGGUAUAAAUAAUGUAGUUGCCUUCUUAAUGAGUGGUCCAACCCGAUUUUUGGGUUUGGCAAGGUCAAGUUGAUUGAACC